AUGUUCAACAUGAACCGAUUCAAUCACUUGACCCUCUUUCCAGUUUUGAAACAUUCCAACAACCUCAUGCUCUCCGGAAUGAUAAAGAGGAAUACAACAACUCUUUCAUACAGCAUCACACUGAUUUCAAGAGAAGAAAAACGCACAAAACCACACUUUUUCAACAGCGGAGGUGGUAUUCGGAACAACUAUGAACAGCAUUGGAACAGUAAUACUCGACAAGGCUUUGAUGGAAUGGAACGAACAUUUUCCAGUGUUCCAGUCAUGAACAAAAAAACUGGAUAUUUAGAUCGGAAGGAAAAGAAACAUCUCUCUCGCAAUGCUAAUGCUUCCUUCUCGAGUCAUUCAGAUAGGAGAAGGAAUUCUUCGUACCGUGAAGAAUAUGAUCCAUUCAAGCCUAAAGUGAGACCUCAAUCCGAUACAGCAAUUCCUCUCAAACCUGUCCGAAAUAAGUACAUUACUGAUGAUAUGGAUAAGGAAUUUACUGAUAAAAGUAAUGAACAAAAGAUUCAAGCUCCAAGCUUCUUUGCAAAUCCAAAAGGAACAGAACAAGCUGUGAAAGCCACCAAGGAAAAUGUUCAGAAAUAUAUUGAGGAAUAUAAAAAGUCAAGAGGUCAUCAUCAUCAUUCUCAUCGUUCUCAUCACAAAGAAGAACAUGCACAGAAAAAGGCACCUUCUUUCAAGCAUGGCCAUCAGGAUGUUCGUGAGGAAGUUACACCAGUGGACAAGAAUAUUCGAGCAAUGUCCAAUUUAGAUGCAAAGCUUUCAUCUUUUUUGAAUGAGGCAACGGUUAUGGAGAUUGAUGAAAAUGUGGACAUGGAAUCAUUGGUAGCAACAGAUAGACUCAAGCAUAUUGAAGAGUUACUUGAACAAACAGAAAAUGCUGAUUUUGACAAAAUAACCGCCCCCAAAUUGAGUGAUGAGGAAAAUAGAAGUAGACUUGGUCAUCUAUACUUUGCAACCAUUGCAGAAUAUAUUGAAGAAUGUUUACUUGAGAAAUUGAAACAUCAAGAUAAGAUGACCGAUGAAGAGUAUUAUCGAUAUCUCAGUUUAGAGAGGCCGUACAUUACGAGCGUGAACAUUUCACCAGAUUAUCGAACUGUGACACUUAAUUAUAAACUAUUGAUACGAGAAGAAAUUGAUGAAAUGAACGAACAAGCCUAUGAAAGAGAUCGCCAAAUUCUUGAGAAGGUUUUCCAUGAGGAAUUUGCGGCACAAGCCCUUAACAAAUUCAUUCAUUACCAACGUGAUGUGUUGAAUGAUUUUGAAAUUUCUCAACACAUGAAAUUGAGCUAUAAGGGAACAAUGAUGUAUGUUCCAACUAUAUUUGACGAAAAACCACUUCCUGCAGAGCCAGGAAAACGAAGACAACACAUUAAUCCAUAUGCAGACAUGCCUCAUUUCACACAACAACCAUUUUCUGGGGAGAAACUUUUCGCAAAACUAGAAGAGCUUGGAAUUGCUGUGCCAGAAGACGGACCAGUGAAUUUCAAAAUGCCUCACAAAUCUUCAAAGAAGAAGAAGUAA